AUGACGAUACAUGAAAUACUAAAUGCGCAGCUUUCUGUUGAAAUCGGAUCAAUAUUAUAUGGACCUUCGGCAUUCCCGCCCUUAGGUCGUAGUAAAGGAGAUUUCCAGCAUGCAUCAACAAAACAAUCACAAAGUAAAGCUGUAACAUCUAGGAAACCAAAGGCCAAAAACGUGAACUCUCAGCCACCACAAACAAAAAAAGGUGAAAAACCCCCACCCAUCAUCUUUGACGGCAUCCUGAGAGACCGAAAGGAAAUCAUCCCCCUCAUUAAGUCUCUCACAGUGAAAAAAUUCUAUUUCAAGUAUGGAAAUGAAAGCACCUUGCUAUACACGGAAUCUACUGAGGAUUUCGAAAAUGUCAAAAGAAGGCUCAAGGAAGACGAGGUAUCCUUCUAUACAUAUGCCCUCAAGAAGGACAAAACACACGCAUUCGUGCUGAGGGGCCUGGACUUUGAGCCUGAGCCCUCCGAGAUCAUUGAAGAAAUGGAACAAGAACAUAAAAUCAAGGUCAAGGAGGUCUACAGGCUUAACACGCGGUAUAGGCCUCUCUACCUGGCAACAAGAUGCAACAGCUUGUCUGGUGCAUACGGUUGUAUGGUUGUUCUUGGCAUCAAUCCGCUGUUUGUCAAGUACCAUCCCCAGAGCAAAGGGUUUUUGGUGUUGCCAAGCCAUGCCUGA